AUGAUGUUCGACCCGAACACCAUAACGACCCAACAGUCGCAGAUCCAGUACCAGCAGCAGCCCCAGCAGACCGACAAGGACAAGGGUCAGGAGCAGAAGGACACGUUCGCGCCCUUCUGCUAUGCCAACGUCAACAUGAUACACAAGAUAACGCCUAACACGAACCAGACACACAACUCGACCGUCAACAUGUCGCAGCUGGCCGACGACAAGUGCUACAUCACGCAGCCGUUCAGCUACAACUACACGCUGGUCAACCAAAAUUUGCUCACGCAGAACGCCAUCUCGAACAUCACGUUCAAGUGCGACGUGUGCGGGCUGAUGUUCGCUCAUCUGGCGCUGCUGAACCACCACAAAAAGGUGCAUCAUGGGCAGGCCGAUCAGAGCCAGGGGCAGCAACAGCAGAUCACCGUCCAGUUUCAGGUGCAACAACCCCAACAGCAGGCUACCCAAAUUCAAAUUGUUUCUGCCGAUCGCAUUAGGUACUCUUGUGAAGAAUGUGGGCUUACCUUCAUCACCCAAAACGAACUGAAGACGCACAAAAUCCAAUCACAUCAGACUCAGACCCAGCAGCAACAGGUUCAAACCCAACCGCAGCAGCAGCAACAGCAGCAGCAACAACAACAGCAGCAGCAGCAACAGCAGCAGCAAAACACCCUAAAAAUCAAGAAUUGCGAAUCCUGCGGGGCGCCCCUACCCCAAGACAACAACAAGAAGCGGGCCGUGAUGAAGGUGAAGUGCGAGAACUGUCUGAGCGCCGAGGCGAUCCAGCCGCAGAUAUUCGUCGUGGCAGCGGCGCCGGACACUUCUGUCAAGUUCGAAGAGAGCACUGGCACGCAGACGCAAGCUGUUGUUCCACAUGUUUUAGGCACUCAGAAUUCGAUUCCCAUUGGCAUAAAAAACAACCACCCAGUGAAGAGGAGAGGCGUUGCUUGCGUGACGAAGUGUACCAAAUGCAACGGCAGCGGCAUCAUAUUCAUAGGUGGCACUAAAAAUCAACAGAACAAUGUGGAGAAACCAUUCCAUUGUAACAUUUGUAAUGGCUCCUUCAGCCGCUACUCGUCGCUGUGGUCGCACAAGCGGCUCCACACCGGCGAAAAGAACUUCAAGUGCACCAUCUGCGGUUUGGCGUUCGCCAAGGCCGCCUACCUCAAGAACCACUCGCGCAUCCACACCGGUGAGAAGCCGUACAGGUGCAACGUGUGCGGCAUGCAGUUCUCGCAGUCGCCGCACCUCAAGAACCACGAGCGGAUCCAUUCGGGCGAGCGGCCGUACGUGUGCGAGGUGUGCGACAAGUCGUUCGCGCGGCAUUCGACGUUGUGGAACCACAGGAGGAUACACACCGGCGAGAAGCCGUACAGGUGUGAUAUUUGCGGAUCAUGCUUCAACCAAGCCACCCAUUUGAAAAAUCAUGCAAAAGUCCAUUCCGGAGAAAAACCUUUCAAAUGUGAUAUUUGCUCUGUUGGAUUUUCUGAUAGGUUCGCCCUGAAGCGCCACCGGAACAUCCACGAAAAGUACGGCCGGACUAAACCCCCCGGUACGGCCACCGACGACACGCACCUCAACAGCUCCUCGGACUCGAUCUCGCCGUCGGCCACCGUCGUCACCAUAACGACGGACGUCGACGACCACGAGGAGAUCGUCGAGGCGAAGUACGUGGAGAAGUUCGAGACGGUCGAUGCUAGCGAUAUCGACGAGGAGAUGACCGAUAUGGCCGAGUUGCAGGUGCAGUUGCACUGA